CGAUCAGUUAAGUUUCGUUAAAAACGUUUGUUUUGUAAACAAAAAAAAAAUAGUGAAAUUAUAAACGGAAAUUCUCAAAGAAUCUUGAACUUUCUCAUUGUUCUUUGUUUUUAAAUUAAACAAUAAAUUAUGGAAAAUUACGAGGCAAAUGAGGAAAAUGAAUUGAGUCGCACCGAAAAGAUUUUGAAAGGCUUCCAAAUAAAUUGGAUAAAGCUACAAAAUGCAGAUAAUGGAAGUAUUAUAUGGCAAGAAGCUAUAGAUUUUUCAGAUCCAACUCAAAUACAUGAAAUAACAUUGCCAACAAACACACUAGAAAUAAAAGCUGUACAAAGAAUAAUGAGUUUUUCAACAGUCGAGGAACUUAAGAAUUUUAGAGUAGUCCACACAGCAAAAUUUAAAGGAAAACUUUUGGAACAGUUGAGUUAUACCAUGGGUGCUUUCAAACCAGCAACAACAAAUACAAUCAUCAAUAUCAUAGAAUCAGCUCCAGAAUCACAAAUGAUGCCUGCAAAGGUACUUAAUGGUAAGGUUUGCAUUGAAACGGACUUUUAUGAUGAAAAUGAGAAAUUUGCUACGUCUACAAUAAAAUUAUUUUACUCUUAAAUUACAAAUUAUUUGUUCAACUUUAUUUUACAUACUUUUUAAUAAACAAAGAGCAAUAAGAC